AUAUUUCGUAUAUACUUUUAGUACCGAAGUUUAGCAUAGUUUUUGUAGGGGCACGCGCGAAUCUUCAUUUCUAACCGUGUGGCGUGUAUGCGUGGUGUUCGUGUUCUGAAAUUUGUCACAGAAAUCGGCGGGAAUAUUGUUAGAUAAAUUUUAACUAUUUUCGUUUUCUUCAAACACUAUAAUGUCAAAGAAAGGCAAGAAGGAACAAAUUGAAGAAGAACCUGAAGAAUAUACUGUGGAAAAGAUUUUAGACAAACGAAUCACCAAUGGGAAAGUAGAAUAUUUUUUAAAGUGGACUGGGUUUCCUGAUUCUGAAAAUACAUGGGAGCCAGUUGAAAAUUUAGACUGUCCAGAAUUGAUCAGGAAGUUUGAAGAGGACUAUAAGAAAAGAGGUGGGAAGGCUGUUGAAGACAAAAGUGGAGUUGAUAAGAAAAGAAAAGCUAAUGGAGAACCUGAUGUUGUUCCUAAGAAAAAGAUAGAGUUAAAAGGUGAAGAGACUCCGAAAAAAGAGGAUCGUUUACGGGGAUUUGACAGAGGUUGUGAGCCUGACAGGAUAAUUGGUGCCACAGAUUCUGGUGGAGAACUGAUGUUUUUGAUUAAAUGGAAAGGAUGCGAUGAGGCUGAUCUUGUUUCUUCUAAGGUAGCUAAUGUGAAAUGUCCACAGGUUGUGAUCAAAUUCUAUGAAGAAAGGUUGACCUGGCACACUGGAAAUAGCUGUGAUGAUGAAGAUGGGGAAAAGGAGAAAGAAAAGAAAGCAGCUUCUUAAAGAAAGGAUUUUUAAAGAAAAAAGAAUUUUAAGGUGCUCCUCUUCCAUUUUGUAUAUAGUAUCAUGUGUUUCAGCAUCAGUAGGAGCCCAUAACAUUGUUAAAUUUCCUUCAGUGACAUCUGAAUGUUUCAAAAAUGUGUUCAUCCUCGUUUUCUAAUAUUGAAAGAAUGUAAAGUUGGUGCACAUUUUUCUUAAAUUGGCUGUAACCUAUUAUUUUUUCUGUAAUUGUAUUGAAAAUGAGUUAAUAAAAUGUUACUGUAUCAUUUAAAAAAAA